AUACAAAAGGAAAAAGCCUGGAACCACUUUUACAAAGAUGGCCAAAAGCGAAAACUCUCCUCAUGUUUUGCCUCUUGUUCUUCUUCCCCUUCUCUUCCUUACUCUUGUCAGAACCUCUCAUGCUGGUGGCAUAGCCAUCUACUGGGGCCAAAAUGGCAACGAGGGUACCUUAUCUGAAGCAUGUGCCACAGGGAAAUACACCCAUGUAAACAUAGCUUUUCUCAUCAAGUUUGGCAAUGGCCAAACCCCUGAAAUGAACCUGGCUGGUCAUUGCAACCCUUCAACCAAUUCCUGCACAAAGUUCAGUGCUGACAUAAAGUAUUGCCAAAGCAAAGGAAUCAAAGUGUUGCUUUCAAUUGGUGGUGGAGUUGGAAGCUACUCUCUGGCUUCUCCUGAGGAUGCAAGAAACGUUUCAAAAUUCUUGUGGAACACUUUCUUGGGGGGUAAGUCAUCCUCAAGACCACUAGGGGAUGCUGUGUUGGAUGGCAUAGAUUUUGACAUUGAACUUGGUUCCACAGCAAAUUGGGAACACCUUGCACGUUUCCUCAAGGAUUAUAGCAGGUUAGGAAAGAAGGUGUACCUAAGUGCUGCCCCUCAAUGUCCAUUUCCUGAUAGGUUCUUGGGCACUGCCCUUAACACAGGACUGUUUGACUUUGUUUGGGUUCAGUUUUAUAAUAACCCUCCAUGUCAAUAUUCUAAUGGUAACAUAACUAAACUUGUGAAUUCAUGGAACCGGUGGACAAGUACAGUGCCAGCAAAGCAGAUAUUUUUGGGGUUGCCAGCAGCUCCGGCCGCGGCAGGAAGCGGUUUCAUCCCGGCCAAUGAGUUGACUUCUCGAAUCCUGCCUGUGAUCAAGAAUUCACCCAAGUAUGGUGGGGUGAUGCUGUGGUCAAGAUUCUAUGAUAUCCAAAAUGGGUAUAGCACUUCCAUCAUUAGCAGCGUGUGAAGGGAUGGGUAGUUUUAAUUGACCAAUGAUUUCGUAUCAUCAUCAAGUUGUGAUUUAAAAUUAAGAAUGACAAUAACGUUGCACUUUUGCAAAGUAGUGUGUUAGUUGUUAUCUGCAUUUGGGUGCACAUGAAUAUAUUCCAAUUUGGCUUGUUUUAUUUUCAAUUCAGCAAAAAAUAGUAUUUCAUAACAAGUUCACAGCUAAUGACGAUUUAUUUAGAGUCGAGAUGCUCUUAACUCAAAUCAUGCAGCAAUUAGCCAAUUUGCAUUUCUUUUAAACGAGAAAUAGCUUUAAUGAUUAGUAAAAUGCAAACAUGAGAG